UUGAGCUUAUGGGACUGUGCCAACAACACAGGUCAUGUCUGGUGGAGUCCUAAUCACAGAUGGACUUCUGAGGGCUUCCCUCUUGAACAUAUGGAGAAGUCUGCAUGGGGUGAUGUUUCCAGUUUCUGAGUAAAAGUUUGUCAUGGAGUGUAAUAACGCAUCUCACCAUCUAGUGGCGCUGUGGUGAACUAAGGUUACAGUAGAGGUCAUGCUGAGGACUUUCAGAACAAACGCAUCAUAAUAAAAUCCAGCUGCUUGUUUAGGAUCCUGAAGCAGCGGUGUGGGUAAACACCUGGGUAGGAACAGGGUCAGAAUGAACACUUACGUCAUGUCCUCUAUAAUCUACACGUUAUCACCUAGGUGAUUAAAUCUGAGGGAUAUCAGCAGAUGGAUAAAUCAUUCUUGUUUCCGGCCCUUCCGGGACACGUGACUCUGGAUGCUGCUGUUGCCAUGGCAGUUAACCCCCACACCGCCCGGGUGUUACCCGAUCUCAGUCAUCUAAAGUCUAAUUAUAGCACCAGCUGAUGGACGGCCACUGGAGGAGAGGAGGGGAGGCGGUGCGGCACUAGGACCCGGGAGCGUAGCCCCUCUGCUCCGCAGACGGACGUGCGGCUUGAAGCGGUGCUCAGCUGCGGGAGGAACGGCUCUCAGCUGAUCUCACCACCUUCCUUGAGAAUCGGCCAUAAAGCAUCAUGGGAGGUGUUGCGGUGGACGAGGGUUCAACAGGUGUGAAGGCUCCAGAUGGAGGUUGGGGCUGGGCUGUACUGGCUGGAUGUUUUGUUAUCACCGGUUUCUCCUACGCUUUCCCGAAAGCAGUUAGCGUCUUUUUCAAAGAGCUCAUCAGGGAAUUUGGUGUUGGAUACAGCGACACAGCCUGGAUUUCUUCCAUUCUGCUGGCGAUGCUUUAUGGAACAGGUCCUCUCUGCAGUGUGCUGGUUAACCGCUUCGGCUGUCGCCCAGUGAUGAUGGUGGGAGGCCUCUUUGCCUCCCUUGGGAUGAUCUUGGCCUCCUUCUCUACCAGUAUCAUCCACAUCUAUCUCUCGACUGGAGUCAUCACAGGUCUGGGAUUAGCCCUAAAUUUUCAGCCAUCUCUAAUAAUGCUGAACCGUUACUUCAGUGAGAAGCGUCCACUGGCCAAUAGCCUUUCAGCUGCUGGUAGCCCCGUGGCCUUGUGCUGCCUCUCACCUCUGGGACAGGUGCUUCAGUACCAGUAUGGAUGGAGGGGGGGCUUCCUCAUUCUUGGUGGCCUUCUACUGAACUGCUGUGUGUGUGGAGCCCUCAUGAAGCCUCUAGUUGCUCCCAAACCUCUGAAGACCAAGGAGCUGGCUGAAGAUUAUGAGACGGAGCCAGAGGUAGCGAAGAAGAGGGCUAAACACAAACUAUUAGACUUUUCUGUGUUUAAGGACCGUGGCUUUGCCAUUUACACCGUGGCAGCCUCCAUUAUGGUGCUGGGGCUGUUUGUGCCUCCAGUGUUUGUUGUGAGCUAUGCUAAGAAACUUGGAAAUGAAGACACCAAGUCUGCCCUGCUGCUCACCAUCCUGGGUUUCAUUGACAUUUUUGCCCGACCUACAUGUGGCGUGAUUGCAGGGCUGAAGUGGGUUCGGCCACGCUGUGUCUACUUUUUCAGCUUUGCUAUGAUUUUCAAUGGAAUCGCAGAUCUAAUUGGCUCACAGUCUAAGGACUAUGGAUCACUGGUGGCCUUCUGCAUCUUCUUUGGCAUCUCCUAUGGCAUGGUGGGUGCGCUGCAGUUUGAGGUUCUGAUGGCAAUAGUUGGAACAGAGAAAUUCUCCAGUGCCAUUGGCCUGGUUCUACUCAUGGAGGCGAUUGCUGUGCUGGUGGGACCACCAGGUGCAGGGCGGCUGCUUGAUGCCACCAACAACUACAUGUAUGUCUUCCUGCUGGCGGGAUGUGAAGUGGUGCUGUCUGCUGUGGUUCUAGCUGCCGGCAAUUUUCUGUUCAUUAAGAGGUCCCCUGAGCCAGCAGACAAACUAGAGAGCAUCACAGCAACCGACGAUUGUACUUCAAAGAUGUGCAGCACAAGUGCAGAGGUGAACGAUGAUGAGGAGAAAAAGGUGAGAGAAGAACAGGAGAUGGUGAUAAAGGAAAAGGAGGAAAGGGUUGAGUUCAGGCAGAAGAACAUCACAGUGGACACACAGGAAGUGGAGAGGUUCUUGAAAGAGCCCCAGACAAAUGGUAACAUGGCUGCUUGUCCCGAGACCUGUUUGUAGGCUCAGGGAGGAUUCAGGUGGGGUCACUAACUAAAUAGCUUUGUGAAAUAUACUAUUGCCUUGUUUGUUGAAAAGCUUUGGCAUGAUUCUCGUUGACUCAUGCAAGGAGAUAAAAUGUAAAUUAUGCAUAUUUUCAUCAGUAAAGUCAUUUGAUGUUGGCAAAUUGACUUCAUGACAAAUAGGAGGUAAGUUUCAGUACUGCCCUAUGAACACGGCUCAUCAAAUGUAGACAUGACAUUUUAUACAGUCACCAGCCAAAAAAAUCUAGAUAUUUUUGUCAAAAUUAUAUCUGAUCUGCGUUACCAGACCAUAACUGCAAUGUAUUAAUAUGUAUUAAGAAUAACUGACCUGACCUACUGGUUCAACAGGAUAACUAACCAGCUAACUGCUGACUCACGUUCUGAGUUAAAAUAACCUUCCACUGUCAGGUGUUAGCUUCGGGGUUCGUCUUACACCUUCAAGCAACCAUCUGUCCAGAGGGACCACAACAUGCACACAUGAACGGAACAAAUACAUGUCAGAACAGAAUGGCCUGCUUAAUUCAAACGAGAUCAAUCACUAAUGAUCUUCUAAUGUUGCUGACUCUGGCUCGGUCUCUAUCCUCAUUCUCCUUUACCUCAGUGCUGAAUUUGACACCAUCUGUCACUCCCCCCUAUCCACAAUAGGCAAUUCUCACAUUCCACUUAACUGGUUCAAGUCACAUCUUAGCUUGACUAAUUUUACCUCCACUCUUUCUUGUGUUUUAUGUGGGGUUCCUCAAGGUUCUGUCAUUGGCCCCCUAGUAUUCAUAAUCUAUCUGAUCCCUUUGGGUUCAAACUUUUCUAAAUUUAACAUCAACUUUCAUUGUUACGCUGAUGACACCAGGUUUAUAUUUCAACUGCUCUAUCUUCAAUGCUUCCACCAUCCUCUCUGGGGGGGGUGGG